GGGGGGUUUCUUGUGCCACUCUGAGGCUGUACCAAAGCCACAAGUGCCUGUGGGGCGAUGGCCUGUGACAUCCAGGACAUCAGGAUAAUAUACCACUGGGCAAUGAGCAGUGAAGACAGCAAGACUGACAUUGUGAACUUCCUGAGGGUAGUAAAUGAUUCACUGGAGAUAAUGCUUGGCAAAAGCAGGAAGGAGGUUAUUUGAAGAGCCUCAAGCCAGAGGCUGAGCUUGAAGCUAGGGUCUCUGAGCUCCUUGCCCUGUGUUUAUGCCUCUGUUCAGGCCCAGGUGGCCAGUGCUGUGGUGCUACGUAGCUCUGCAGCCAGUGACAGCCUUUCCUGAUGCUACUUUCAUAGUUUUCACUGUGAAGCAGAAGCCUGCAACAGGGCACUGAGGACAGUCUACAUUCUGGGAGAAGAGUGAGGAGUUGGGUUUGCCAGGCCAUCUAAGAGAGUAGCAAGCAUGGCAGCAAUCACAGGUCUGUCUCCAUAACAACCAUUCCCCCACGUCUCAGAAGAGGACAAGUGGCUGCAGGUGGGUCUGGGGUGCCUCUUCUUGCUGAACAACUGCCUGUCCAUAUGGGGCACUGGUCCUCAGGCAACUAGGACUCAGUGGGGAGCAGGGCUGCAGGUAAUCAGCCCUGCCAUGCCCAGAAAUGUCCAGGCAUGCAAGGACCUCAGGGACAUGUGGGUGCUGGAAAUGAGAGGCAUCAGUGCCAUCAGGUGUCCCAAAACUAUGGGAGGUGAGAGAGGUGGGAGGGGGCUGAGGAGCAGGGGGACCCUACAUUGCAAACCCUGUCACGCUCACAUUUUAUUCAGUAGUCUCAAGAUCACAAGGGAUGACCUUGUCUGACCACAACUGAAAGCAUUUUGCCAGAACAGCUCUUAGCCCCCUCCUUACCAGACAGCACUUUUGCUCUCCACCCACCACUGCAGUUUACUGACAAAUGCCUCCCUUGUCCCGCGUGAGGCCACGAUGCAAAGGACAUGCGUGGGGCUAAGGGAGCCAUACUGUCCUCCCAGUGCUGUUCACACACAGGACAUCAUUAAGCCUCCUUUACUCUGGCCAGAAAUGCACCCCUCUUGACCCAGAAACGCACAACGCAGUCAGAGGCAAAACAGAGACACUCCUGCUCUCCUUGCAGGAGAGGUCCCAAGACCUCAGUAGCACAGGUGCUGAACCUUGGAAAGGUUGCCAGAGCAUGCAAUACCCCAGUGGUCCCUGUCUCUUUGUGUUUUGCAGCAGGCACCCCCACACCAGCACCUAGGCACCAGAAUGGCUCUGCUGCACCACAAGUGCGCAGGGCACCUGCUCUGUGUGCUGAUCCUCCUCGAGGCUGCCGGCACCUUGGCCCUGAUGCUCUACGCCCUGCUGUGGGAAGCUGGAAACCUGAUCAACCUCCCUGAGAAGCGCAUUGGCUUUUACAACUUCUGCCUGUGGAAUGAGACAGUGAGGGGGCUGCAGUGCUUGAAGUACAAGCAUCUGCAGAUGAUGGGCAUCAGCCUGCAAGGAAUAAUGCUAGCCAGGAUUUGUGUGUAUGCCUGCCUGGUCUUCAGCAUCUUCUACUGCAUUUUUCUUGCAUACAUGAAGUGCACUGAGGAGAGAGAGGGCUGGAAGAUGAUCCACAUCCUGCUCAUCAUCAAGAUGGUAAUUCUGUCUGGAGGCCUGGGUAUGUUUCUGCUACAAACUUCACGGUGGAUUCACCUCUGUGAUUUAACUGGGGGCUUCCUGGCUCUGCUUGGGACUCAGGCGCUGCUACUGCUCCAGAUUCUCACGGUCACUAUGUACCUUGGCUGGGCCAAGCACACCCCCACCUCAAAGCCCUUCUACUGAGGAGGCUCUGCCCAUUGAUACUUAACAGCGAAGAAGAUG